CUUGCCUGCCAUUUCGGUGCGUGAGUGAGUGAUGUAUGGCAUCCACUGGCAGUACUUGGAGGACGCUGACCGGCUCAACGACGAAAGCGCAUGGUUCUCCGUCGAGCAGGUCAACAGCAUCAUCAUCGAAUCCGCCUAUGAAGCCCACUUCACCGGCGUGUCUGGAGGUACACACACACAGACGACACGAUGCCAGUCAGCACACCACACACAUCCAAGUUAGUUGUGUGUUGUUGUUUGUCUGUCUGCUGCCGUGUGCAUCACUCUCACUUAGAUCCGUAUGUUGAUUUCGACCACAAGGGCAUCCCGAUGCGGCUCCACUGGCCGGAGGGCGUGGCCAUCGGCUGCAGGGGGCCAAGACCGGAGGACGUGUUCGUCAUAGCACUGCGGCGCGUCACGCCUGAGGACCAGAACCUCAAUGGGGCGGGCAGUGGUGGCCUGCAGCCGCAGCAGGUCGACGGGGUGAGUCAGGAUGCUUUCGCUGCCACUGGUAGUGGUGGUGGCCCUGCUGCUGCUGGUGGCAUGAGCACCGCCGGCCUCCUCAAGUAUGGGUGGUGAAUGCGCAACAACGGCACAUGUCCUCUGUAUGUGUCGUUUCCCCUGUGUGUUGGAUAUUUCAGUGGCACAUCCUCCUCUCACAGUGGCGGCACUGCAGUGACCUCUCGUCCAGCCGUCGUGCACCAGGGUCCCUCCACUCAUCAUCGGACGUCGGACGGCACUCCCACCACCCCGCCCACUCCCUCGCCAGCCCCCCGGCGUGAGCUGGAGCCGCGUGAAAUCCGGGAGGCCCCGUGGCGGGCACUCACCAUACCCAAAUUGAUGGAGCUGGUCGGUCAGCCCAGAUCUAUAAAAAUGCAUACAAUCAAAUUAAUUCCGUGGAUGCGAUGCGUGUGUCGAUUCUGUGUUGUGUUGUUGCGUUGUGCAGGGCCGUCCGGGGGUUGUGCCCGUCUUUAUAGACUUGGAGGACGUGUCGAGGCGUUACGCCAACAUGCGCUGCGACGGCAGCAGGGACCAGUACUGCCACUACGGCGUGGCCAAGGCCGUCGAGACCAUCGUCAGAGAAAUCGGCUCACAAAACCCCGUGGCCGUAAGCAAGGACGCUCGGCAGAGAGGGGGAGGGAGGGAGGGAGGGAGGGAGGGAGGGCCGGUCUCUGUGUGUGUGUGUCAUUUGUUGGAUUGUGUUGUGUUGUAUUGUGUCAGGUUUGGUGUCCCCAUUGGCUAUUCUACCAGCCGCCUGACGAAUGGGUGCAGACCAAGAAGAUCGUACAGGAAAACAGGAGCAUACUCAACGUAAGCUAGCUAGCAAGCCAGUCACCACACCCACACACACGAUACAAUGGGCUCAUGCGUGUGUGUGUGUGCGUGUGAGUGCCAUACAUCCAUCCCAUCGGUGGAUUGGAUCGGUUGUCUUGUCGUCCGUGUGUCAGAAUUUGCGCGACGACCAUCUGCUAUUUGUGGGCGAGAUGGAGGGGGACCGACUGUGGCACAAGAAAGACCUGGGCGACCGCGGGCAGUACAACCCAAACCUGAGGAAGAACAAACAGAGUGAGUCAGUGUGUGAGCUAGUGAGCAGCCACACGCACACUCUCACUCACACAAUGAAUGGGUCUGGUGGGUGCCUGCCUGCGUGUGUGCCUGUGUGCAGUUGUGAAGCUGAUGGUGGACAAGGUGUUGCAGAAACGAGGCAUUCUGGUGACCAACAACUCCGACCAAUUCAAGUUUUACGCACCGGUGGGUGCCUAAGUAUCCUCACACCGACCACACACACACACAGAUGUUAAUGUGCGUGUGUGUGUGGGCUGCAGGCGCAUGUGCUCGACUACCGGCGUUUGUUUCAGCGUCACGUGACGUACGUGUGGUGCGCCCUGGACGACGACCCCACCAACGACAUCUUCAGCCUCAACAUAGACCCCAACGGUCGGUCAGCGCCAGGCCAGCACAAUACACACACGACACCAACACAGCGACCGAUGAGUAUCCAUCCCUCCAGCCAUCCAUUGCCCAUCCAUCCAUUUCGAUGUGUGGUGGUGUGGUGUGCAGGCGGGAAUGAGCGGCUGGAGCACUUGCUGGGACAGUAAGUAGUUAGAUGCGCCAGACCAGACACGGAGAUGCCUGCCAGGGAUGGGUGCCCACCAUCCACAAGUGCGUGGCGGAGCUAGAUGUAGCGUUGGUUGCAUCCUUGGCGAGAUGCGAUGGCUGCGGGUGCAAGUGCUGCUCUGUCAGUCACGGCCUCUCAUGAAUGGAUGGCAGGCAGGUGUGCGAGAUGCAACCAACGACAGUCAGUGCCGGCCGGUGGGCGGUGUCUAGUGGCGUCUUGACUGACAGACUGUGGGCUGCUGGGCUGCUUGCUUACUUGUACAGCUCAUUCUAUGCGACGUACACAGCCCCGCCCAUCAUGCAUGCCAUAGGCCCCUCGCCUACACACAGCUGAAUCGUGUCUCA